AUGGAGCUUGAGCUUAAUCUAGGGGUUUCUCCAGCUCUAGCAAAGGGCACUGCCAUGCCUAUGCUGACAUGGAGUGUGAGCUCAUCCUUGCGGGUGGAAGUUCCUGUGCGCCAGGCAGCUGAAGACAAGGGUGGGUUUGGUGGUAGAACCAAGAAAAAGCCGAGGCUGAGCAAGGAGCAGUAUGGGUUCCUGGAGGACAGCUUCAAGGAGCACAGCACCCUGACGCCAAGACAGAAUAGUGACAUAGCGAGCCGGCUCAACCUUGGACCGCGGCAAGUGGCCAUCUGGUUUCAAAACAGAAGAGCUCGGACAAAGCUGCUGCAAACCAAGGAGGAGUGCGAGAACCUGAAACGUGGCUGCGCGGCGCUAACACAGGAGAACCGAAGGCUCCAAGGAGAGGUCGCGGAACUGCGCGCCUUGCUUACCAACCCUGCAAGUUUUACAGCCACCCACCAGAGCUCCGUUCCGUUCGGCACUGUGCAGAGGGGCCCGCCAGGACCGAUUUCUCUUGUACUCGGUACUCCUCGUCGUAAGUGCUAGGGCGCAGCUCCACCAUCUGCCGCUGCCCGAUCGUCGUCGACACUGCAGCAGCCGUGCCAUGGUACUGCUGGCCUGGUGGCGUUCCAAGGUGCGUGCGUAUAGCGUACGGUUAGGAAGAUGCAGGCGGGCGGUACCGGCAAGAUGGAUGCUCAGCAAGGCAAAACGUAUGCGCAGCGUGGAAAGGCACGGUGGUUUGGCCAGCUGGUGCACCGGCACAUGUGUAUAAGAGCUCCUUGUUACCGUACGUGUACUCUAUGCAUGUUUAUGCAAUAUACGCUUGUAUUGUAUGUUAAAUAUAUGUAUAUAUAUAUAUAUAUCGAGCGCUUUAUUAUU